AUGUCAUACUCCAGCUUGGGACCUUUGGAAGCUCUUGCUAACUUCAUGGCGGGUUCAGGGCAUCUUCGAAAGAGGCGCAAGCUGUCAGUUGGAUCGACCCCUACCUCAACAGCAACACUACUCCCCCGCAGCAGCAUGGACGAAGGUGGAUAUACGAACGGCCGCAGCCACGCACAAUUCCUACAACACAUACUGCAAGGCGACGGCCCAAAUGAUGGAAUAUCGCGUGCAACAUCUCCGGGUCUCAGCUUUACUAUCAAUGGGGUCGAGUCGGAACUAGAGAAGAGGUACCGGCCUCGAACCUACCCAUACUUCAAGCUCCUACCAUACAAUGUUGAAGAGGAAGCAGAACGAAACGCCGCUUUGGAGGAGAUUUUGAAGCAGCUCUACAUUGCGAUAAAGGCCGAGGAUAUCACACCAGGCGCCGUACAUUGGACCAGGGAGCUUAAGGGAUGGCUGAACCUCAAGUUCGAAAUCACCCGGACACUUCGGGUGAAGCUCAUCAAGCUGUAUUACAUGCUGUCUUUUGCACCGGGUAUGGAUGCGACUGCAGCAGAUAGAUUUGAGAGCAUGUUUCGCACACUUUUGAAGAGAAAACAUUAUCUUAAGCCUGGCGACGACCUGAUACUUGACUGGCGGCCACUAUGGAAAGAAAUCAAAUUAAUGGUUCUGCCCUACGAGAUAGGAGCACACCAAGGAGGUGGACGAAAACGAAGCCACAAGAACCUUGUCGCACUAUGUACCUUUGCAUACCAAUACUUUGAUCCCCGUGAAAGACAGGCUAUACUAGAUGAGAUCGUACCAUAUUUCAGCACCUCAGAGGUCACUGGUGCCUUCAUCGUUAUGGGAACCCUGAACAUGCUGAUGCCCACGCACCCAGCACCAUUCGAGCCCGGGCAAUUACAACCCAAAGAUUACCUCCCGACAUAUUUUCAUCUGUGGUCGCUUGUAAACAGGUCGAAGUCUUUUGAUAUCCUGUUUUUUGACAUUUUCUCGCGAAUAGCAAGAGACUCGCUCACCUGCGAGCAUCUCGAAUUCUCAGAAUAUGGAAUCUUCACAAGGGACCAAUCAGACCUCAUCUUCACGGCUUUAUUAAGGUUAACAGAAAUCCCUGUUGGACAAGCAAGCUCGCCCUAUUGCGGGCUGAUUGAUCUCGGAUCUGGCUUGGGUAUGUAUCUGGAAAAGGAUAGGAAAAAGAACCCCUUGGGCUAUUCUAUUGCUCGAUGGAUUGUUAUGUCGUUAUCUCCUGCUGCAAUCGACAAGCCUGGGUCGAUACUUUCCAACCUAGAAGGCAUGAUGGAGUCAAUUGACACAUUCUUCCACCCUUCGAAUCAAGGAGCAUGGACAGAUGUACUUUCACAGCUCGUCUUUCACUUGGUUGAUUUCUUCGUUAUGCGUUGGAACCGAGAAGAGAGCGGCGAAAUGGAUACUCCCCCAGAGCGACGAAUAAAUGACGAGUUGAAGAAGCGAUUUGUGCUAAGUUUGAAAGAAGUUGUAUUCAUGGGUCUUUUUUCCAAGAAAGCCAAACCCCUGAAUUACUAUUUUGGCGCAUUACAAGGCCUGUCAUACUUGGAGCCCCAUUUGAUCCUGCCAGGAGCCCUACAGAGAUUCUAUCCUUCUCUGCAGGGUAUGGUUGAGGUACAUCGGUGCCAAUCAUCUCUUUGCGGAUUGCAGAUGACCGCCAAUGUAAUGUCUAAACACAAGGGAUUACGCUGUCAUAUCACUGCACUUUUAGCUUUGGCAUUGCCAGGUAUCGAUGCCAAUGACUUGUCUAAAACACAGCACACUCUCAAUGUCAUACAAGCUGUGGCUUACAGCAUCCCUUUCGUGGAUCUAACUAAAGAGCACGACGACGUCCACGAUACAACUCUGGCAAUCCAGUGGGUUCAGGGUGAGAUGGAACGCAUGGAGAGAGAAGGUCCAAAUGUCCAAAUAGACUACAGGACAGAACUUAGCGACGAAGACGAGUUGAAGAUCCUUCGCUCAUCUACGGCUGGCUUUGGCGAAUUCGUCAAGUCUUUACUCGGAAAGGUGUUCACUCUUUUGGAAAACCUGCCGGAAGCAUCUAGAGUGCGAUCAGGGUCCCCGGAAGAAGCAGUUAUCAACACCUUACCUGCGGCACUCACACCUUUGUUCGCUGCCCUUUCGCCGGAGAUCUUUGACAUGGCAUUGGAAAAAGUAUCUAACUUUGUAGGGGGUCACGUGGUUCAUCAAGCUCGAGAUGCCAUGGCAUUCAUUUGCAAUGCUCUCUGCAAGGCCAACCCCGAGAAGACAUUGAAAGUCUUCGUGCCCAUGCUAAUUGUCGGCAUUCGUAACGAGAUCGACUACAAUGACGCUGCGUCAGACAGAAGCGCUGGCACCGAUGUCCUACCUCGAGACCGCGCUCUCGUAUGGCACAUUAGCAUGCUGAGCAUGAUCAUCGUUCACGUUGGCGAUAGUUUAAUGCCCUAUAAAAAGGAGUUAUUUGAUGUUGCCCUGUACAUGCAGGAGAAGUGCCGAGGCAUCCCAACAAUUCAUGUUUCGAACUAUAUCCACCAUCUACUGCUCAACUUGACCCUCAUAUAUCCCGUCGAUGGCGCGCUGUAUGAGCCUGAAGUAUUCGAGAGGGGUAUAAACGCAAGCGACUGGGGCAGAAGUAUGAAGCCAGGUGAGUUGACUAUCAACUGGCAUCUACCUUCCGAUGACGAAAUCACCUUUGCUGUUGAACUGUUCGAAACCCAAGUCAAGACGGCAGUUGAACGGUUGACAAAUCUCAUCAGCGAUACCCCGUCUAUCAGCAGGAAAGGAAAAAACAAAGAAUGGUCAGACGACGUCUCAAGAAACCUUUCUCAGCUUCGGUUGAUAAUCUCAGGCGUAGCUACCUUAUUUGACCCGAAGAAGGCCGCUGGGCAAACCAACGAAGGACAAGACCAUGAAGGUGAUAGCAACAUGGAGGGCGUUGAGGAGCCUACCGAGGGUGACGAUCCGCUCGCCGAAGCUGCCGAGGACGAAGAAACGAGACCGCAAUUUCACUAUCGAGCUGGUUACCUGCUCGAAAAAGACAGUAAAACCUAUCUCCACCUCCAUAAACUACGCGAGGAUAUAGGAUAUCUCUUAUCGAAGAUCCACAACUUCCUCUCCAAUCAUCAAGAGGAUGAUGUUGCCUGCUUCACAGCUCUGUAUUCGGCGUAUCGGACCUGGAUCACAGAUGUUGGGAACGAGCGAUCAGCUCACAUGCUAGAGCGCGUGACGAGACUUUAUGUUAGUGAUGUUCGUGCGUUCAAAAUCAGUGGCCUACGAAAAGAAUAUCCAAGGCCGCUCUUGGUCAAGCGUGCAGGAAUAUAUCACUUCCAAAGAGCCAAGCACAAUACUUCUGCCAGACAUAAGUCAGAUCUCGAUAAAACUUUGUUGUUACAACUAGCAGAUUCCGCAGUUUCCUUGUACGCUGAAGUGCGAGUUAGUGCCCAGUCUGCUUUAGAAGCCGCAUUGAAGAGUCUUGUAGGGGGGCGGCCGCUCGUCAUUCCUCCGUUGUUAGAGAAAUUUAAACUGGCUCUGGACUCCGACGACUUUGACAGGAUAAAAGGUUGUUUGUAUACUUUGCUCUUCGGCACUUUGACAAGGACCAUUUCAAAGGAUUGGCGCUACGCCCCCCAAUUGGUUGAUCUUUAUAUUCGAUCCACUUCUGUUGACAAAGCAUCCAUUCAGAAAGCUAGCACUUCGGCACUGUAUGGCGGUCUGGCCGAUUUUGGGAAGCCCCUUUCGCACUACACCGUCAUUAAUCAAGAUUUGGUACAGUUUCUCGAACCAAAGGAGGAUUUCACCUCCAGAAUCGAGUCUAAGCAUCGCCGCAUCGUAGAUCGAAGAAGCAAGGUAGAGUCAAAGAAAUCUGCUCUAGCCCUGAAGCUCGUAGAGACGUCCAAGCAUUCGCAUUGGAAGAUUGCUGGCAGAUGUACCAUUUUUAUUCUGAAUGCCGGUCUUCGGGUUCAAACGCUAGCACCGCCUUCAGUGGUUGAAUUAGUGGUCUCGGGAGCUAUCGACGAUCACCCAGGACUUCGAAACAGCUAUUCUGACUCGCUGAUUCGGAUAUUCAACUCUAUCGAAACUCGUGCCCUUUACGGACACAGCUACGAGAGAUACAUCAGGGAAGAGGAGAUACAAUUAAACAAAAUCGAGGUGCCCGUGCCAAAGGAUAACCCAAACUGGACUGAAGAGUUUCUCGACGGAUUUGCGAAGCCAGAGGUACCCGAAUACUACGUUGACCGAGACUUUCCCGGCUGGCUUGCAUGGGGGAAGACUUUCAAGGCGGUCACGUCUCACCCAGUUGAAUUUACAGACUUCGAUGAGGUAGAAAGUGCUGCGAGGAAGCAAAUUGGUGACCUCCUGACACGUGAUUGGUACUCGAAGUACUUUGGUUACAUGAAACAGGAGCCGCGAGAUACGCACGCGGACAGGUUCCGAGUUCAUAAUGCUGCACUUCUAAUUUCAACCUUUGAUCUCACUGUCAGGGGCAAAUCAGCCGCUACAUUUGAAGACAUCAAGGAGUUGUUGGAUUUAACCUAUGAGGAUGGGUCUGACAAACACCAACACCGUGCGACGGCCGAAAUCAUUGCUGCGCUUCUUAUUUCCGUAAUGGAGCGGCCAAUCGAGACCAGGAAUAAGGUUUGGAGCUACGCUGUUCCGAAAAUGCUAAAUGUUUUUGAGGAAGGGAUGACCCCGGAAAAUAUCGCCUAUUGGAUGACUUGUCUUCAUAUGGUUAUCGGAGGAAAGGAUCCUCGACAGUCCCGAGAAAUAUAUGACAAGCUUGUCUCGUUCCGACUUGAUAUGUCAUCGAAUGCAGCAUUUAAAGAAAGUUCCAAAGUCCAGGUACUUGAAUUCGCAAUUCAGGACGCUGGUUGGCACUUCCGUUUCGAUAAACCUAUUUUGGAAGACUUCCUUGCUCAUAUUGAUCAUCCGUACAAAGCUGUGAGAGAAGCGAUUGGUCGGACCAUCGCAGGACUCUAUCGUACACGAUACUAUGAGGCUUUCAAAGAUGUUACUACACUGCUGGAGGCCAACAAGGCAUCUUCAUCAAUCGGUAUCAAACCUUAUACGCCAACUGAGGAAUUCUCGACAACCCUCAAAGAAGUGUUCAGCAGACUCGAGGUAUGGCGUAGAGAACGAACUCCUGGGCAGCAGACUCCAUCGUCCUACACCUCAGGGGGGAAGACUGUAUUGCUGUGGCUAGAUACCACAUUGCAAUCCUAUGAGUGCACGCAGCUCAUUCCGUUCUUCCCAGAUGUCUUCAUGGAACAACUUCUCCAUAUGAUGGACGUGAAGGAAGAUCCAGAACUUCAGCGUCUAGCAUAUCAAGUGUACCGCCACCUCCCAAACAUCCCUUUCCGCGCCGGCGAGGAUGGAGAGUUCAUCUCAGCUCUCAUCCGUAUUGGCAAGGUAUCCACCUCAUGGCAUCAGCGUCUCCGUACUUUGAUCAACAUGCAAGUCAUCUACUUCCGCCGCAUCUUCCUCAUCAAGCCUGCGCAACAGCAAGCACUCUUCGACGCCGUCGCAGAUAUGCUGGAGGACACGCAGCACGAGGUCCGAAUGGGCGCUUCCACUACCUUAGCUGGCAUGAUCCGCUGCUCGCCCAUCGCUCUCCGCGACAACAUUCUCUCCUCGCUCACCACCAAGUUCACUGAGGCCCUGAGGAAGAACCCGAUGCCGAAGAAGAAGACUGGUGUAAGUACGCCGAUCAACAGUAAUCAGCAAGUCAUCCGUCGGCACGCUGCUGUCCUUGGGCUUGGUGCGCUGGUCAAUGCGUUCCCAUACGCGACACCGCCUCCAGAAUGGAUGCCGGAGAUCUUGGCGAUGUUGGCGAGUCGGGCGGCAAAUGAUGCCGGGGCGAUUGGUAAGACUGUUAAGACUAUCUUGGCGGACUUCAAGAAGACGAGGCAGGACACUUGGGUCACUGACCAGAAGUAUUUCACAGCGGAGCAACUAGAGGACUUGGAGGGCGUAUUAUGGAAAUCGUACUUUGCCUAA